AUGGGGGUGUUCAGCAGAGAUCAACAGAUUCACCGAGCCAGCAAAGAGAAUGAGAAAUGGGCAGUGUUUGGGUCAAAUUCUAGAGCUAAAAGUCAGUCGACUGAGCUGGUAAAGUUGCAGAUUCUGUUGGUCGAGACUGAUGAAGCAGAGGAUCACAAGCGUAGGAAGGAUCGAAUCCAGCGCAAAAUACUAGCGGCAGAGGAGAGACGCCGAUUCGUCGAUGGGGUACCUUCUGACUCUGAUGCUGAUGCUUCCGAAGAGGAAACCACGUGGGUGUUACCAGAGCGCAAGAUCAAGUCUGACCGGCGUACCAGGGAGCUCCAAAAUACUAUGAAACGAGUUGAAGUUGAACUUGAAGCUGAAGCAGAAGAAUACUCGGACUCGGACGAUCCUCAUACCCAUACAGACUUCAUCAAUGGUCCUGAUAGUGAUUCCGACGAAGAGGAGGAUUCCGAGAAGGACAGUGAUGAUGAAUCUGACAGCUCGGAUGCAUCUGACGAGUAG